UCAGGACGCUCAACAUGACAGCACAAACAGUCACAAACAUGGCCCUCACCGUGCCGCUUGAGGAGCAAUUCAAGUGUUGCAUCUGUCUGGAAAUCUACACCGACCCCACCACCAUCCCUUGUGGACACAACUUCUGCCUGGACUGCAUUGAAGGUUUCUGGGAUACAAAACCCAAACCCGAGUGUCCGCUGUGCAAAAAGACAUUCAGCACACGCCCACAGCUCAGGAUCAACCAUGGAUACGCUGAUAUCAUUAAAUUCUAUGAAAGUAAUCAAGAGGACGGCGAUGCUCCGGGGCAAGCAAGAAACAGGAAAAAUUCCCUAAACCAACCUUUCGAGGUUGAUGAGGUUCCAUGUGACGUCUGCAACGGAAACAAGAUGCCAUCGGUCAAGUCGUGCCUAGCGUGCCAGACGUCUUAUUGCGAGCUUCAUCUCACGCCACACCUGAGGGAUCCGGAGCUGCUGAGGCACGGGCUGAUGGAUCCGGCCGCCUAUGCCACCAGUCACCUCUGCAGAACCCACAAGAACCCGUUGACGAUGUUCUGCGAGAAGGACCAGAAGCCUGUGUGUGAGAGAUGCACAGAGAGGAACCACAAGAACCACAAAGUCGUCCCCAUUGGGAAGAAGAGCAAGAAGGUCAAGAUUUGUUUGAGGGAGACAAAAGCCAGCGUUCAACAGAUGAUCCACGCCAGAUUGAGAAAAAUGGACGAGAUAAAAGAUUCAGUGGCUCAAAGCAGACAAAUCUCCCAGGGGGAGAUACAACGCAGCGCUCAGGUCUGCGACAUGCUGAUAAACGCCAUCCAGAGACAGCAGGCCGAGCUGGUGGAAGAGCUGGAGGAGAGGCAGCAGGAGGCCGAGAGGAGAGCCGCGGAGCUGUACGAGGAGCUGCAGCGGGAAGUCAAUGAGCUGCAGACAAGGAACAGCGUGCUGCAGAACCUGGAGCACGCCCCAAACCCUGUGCACCUCGUGCGGAGCUUCCCCACUCUGAGUCGACUCCCGACCACCAGAGACUGGUCUGAGGUCACGGUCCACUCGGAUAACUGCAUGGGGACGUUGACAAGAGCCGUCUCCAAGCUUGUGGACGUCUGCCAGGACCUUGCAAACCAACUGUCUGCACAAGAAGCGGACUUGCUGAAUCAAUACGCAGUUGAUGUCACUCUGGAUCCUGAGACUGCAUCAGGCUGGCUGGUCCUGUCUCCAGACAGAAAGAAGGUGAGCGUCAGCAGCCAGAGGAAUAACACCCAGCUCCCAGACAGUCCUCAGCGGUUUAACGCCUGCGUCUGCGUUUUGGGGAAACAAAACUUUGCAUCUGGAAGACGCUACUGGGUGGUUCAGGUUGGAGGUAAAACAGACUGGGAUCUUGGCGUGGCCAGAGAAUCCAUCACCAGAAAGGGGGCUAUCACAGUGAAUCCCAACAACGGUUACUGGGCGAUCUGCCGGCGAAAAGGCGGCAGCCUCAGCGCCUGCGCCAGCCCCUGCGUCACACUCCACCUCCGGGAAGCCCCCAGGAAAGUCGGCAUCUUCCUGGACUACGAGGAGGGAGUGGUGUCCUUCUACGACGCAGAAGCCAAGACUCACAUUUACACUUACAGCAACUGUGACUUCACUGAGCCCCUGUAUCCGUACUUUAACCCCUGUGUUCAAGAUGAUGGGAAGAACACCGCCCCGCUGAUGAUCUGUCCUUUUGAGGGAAAAGUCAAGGAGGGUCGGGACAUAACCAUUGAGUCAGCUCUGUGAUGUGUCAGAAGAAAGAUGCUAAUUGAUGUUGAGAUUGUCUAUGUGUUAGAUAUUGUACUGUAAUUGUAUUUGACCAACACUGGCCUGCAACAGGCCCAAUUCAUGUGUUAUUUUGGUCUUUAGUAAGACACGACGCACAACUUUUUACUGCGUAAAAGAUGAAGGCAAAUUUUUUUCUUUAAAAGCAUUUAUUUUAUGAUUCAAAUGAAUCUUUACAAGAUGAUACCGGACUCAUACAUGAAUAAAUGUACAUUAAAUGCUUUAAAUGUUGUUGAAUGCACUCCAGACAUCAAUUCCAUUGACUAAAUGUGCAAUGUAUGACUUGUGAAUCUGAAAAUAAAAGUCAUGUUUUUUUAA